AGGGGCUAACUCGUCUGUGGCUGUGGCCAUCGCAGCAAGAUUCUGAGGAUAAGGGGACACUUCCUCUCCAUUGCACUUAGUUUCUCACAAAACACGCCGUAGUUCUGGACUGAUCGAUCUUUGCUCCUCCUCCUCCUCCUCCAAGAAAUCUUCCUUACCUGAAUAAAGAAGAUCUCUCGGGCUAUCGGGUUAUCGAAUCGAUGGUGGCCAUCGUCACCGAAGCAUGGACGCUCGCCGGCUGUGGCUCGGCGUCCUCCAAGCCGUCAUCACCGGCGGCGGCGGCUCAGGAGGGACUCCCCCUGCUGCUGCAUCCCACUGCUGCUUCUGCAGGCGCCAAGGCCAAGAAGUUCAGAGCGGUGGCCAUGGAUAGCAGCAGCAGCAAAUGCCAGGAUAAUGCCGCCGUCGUUGUCGUCGGGCGGCGCCGCGGCAUGGCGUCGUGCCUGCUGGCCGCGCUGGCGCUCGCCGCGUCCGGCGCCGGAGCCGCGCGGGCCGCCAUCCUGGAGGCGGACGACGACCUGGAGCUGCUGGAGCGCGUCAAGGAGGACAAGAAGAAGCGGCUCCAGAAGCAGGGGCUCAUCAACUCCUCGGCCGCCGAGACAGGGUAUCUGCAGGACCUCGUCUACAAGCUGAGCAAGGUGGGGCAGGCAAUUGACAAGGACGACCUCGCCGCCGCCGGCGACACCCUCGGCCCGAGCUCCGACGCUCCCUGGGUGCAGAACAUCAAUGCAGCUUUCUCCAAGCUUAGCUCAAGCACUGAGGAGAAGAGUGCAGUCGACAGCUUCAACUCCUCCUUGGCCUCAUUGUUUACAUCAGUGAGCAACCGUGACGUCCAGUCCUCCAAGUCGGCGUUCGUAUCGUCUGCAACAGCGUUGGAGAAGUGGGUAACAUUGGCCGGGUUGACCGGCAAGCUCAAAGGCUUCUGAAUUUCUGAGAUGGGUCGAUUUGCCUGGAUGAUGUUGUUUUCCUUCUCUUCAAGCAAUGUCCGCAGAUGUCUCUCUCAGAUGUUCCAGAAGACAAGCAAGAAUGUUUUUUGUCCAAGAUAGAUAUGUGGAUUCUGCAGCUGUUCAUCUUUAUAAGAGGGUACCGUAACCGAGGCUUCAGAUAAACAUCUGCGAGGAUCAAUCCCCGUUCCAUCUGUUUUUCUUCCCGAAAGUAAAAGGCACCGUUCAUAUUAAGAAAUUCGAUGCAUUGUAUUAGGAAACUAUAAGCAAACAGUAAAUAAAAAUAGCAACCUUUGUCUAGAACUCAUUUGCAAGCAUUUGAUUGCAUCUGUUGUUGCCCUCAGAUAGUAAAAUGUGUUGUAUGAAAUUUA